UCAGGGCACUCGCCUAAGCUUUCAAAUCAUACGUAACCAAAAUCUCUCUCUCUCUUCCUUGUACUUGGAAAAUAAAAUCUCGUAAUUGAUUUUGAUAAUUUUCUUCAAAGAAAAUUUGUUAUGAUGAUGAAUAACGGAAUUGAUCCACAACGUUACUACUUGGAUGCGGCCGGUGGUCGUCAGGUUUUUGAUUAUUCUUCAAAUCAGCGGUCGUUAAAAAGGAUGAGGGUGGAGGAGACUAGCGAUUUCCUAUAUUUUGAUCGGCGGUCAGUGAAGAAAAGAAGAAGGGAAGAGGAAGAGAUAAUUAAUUACAGAAGAAGAAGGCAGGAGGAGGACAUUAACUAUGGCCGAUCAUCAAAUAGAUCAUCAAAUAGAAAAACAACAGAGGAGAGCAGGCGUGAUAUUUCCUUGAACAUUGAUUAUCGCCGGUCAUCAUACAGAAGAAGAAAAAGAGAGGAGAGGGGCGCCAGGUGUGAAGACAUUAAUCACGGGCGCUCAUCAUAUAAAAGACGAAGAAGAGAAGAGGAGAGGGAAGACAGACGGGAUGUUUCCUUGUUGGAGAUUAAUAAUUAUGGUCGGUCUUCAUACAGUAACAGAAGAAAACGGGUGGACGAUGAUAAGACUAAUGCGACCCUAGUUGGUAGUUUUCCUUGUUUUGUGGAUGAUCUUAUAGUCGAAGAGAUUCUAAGCAGACUUCCGUCCAAAUCACUCUUACGGUUCAAGUCAGUAUGCAAACAUUGGCUGUCUUUGAUUACACAGGAUCAACACUUCAUUCAUUUACACUGUAUCCGUUCAAAAUCACGUCCGAAUCUCCUCUGCAUUACUCCACUGCGGGAACGAAACGAAAUGCUACCCAUGCGUAUCCUGUCAGCAAAUUUAACUGGUGGUGAGGGAAAAGUAAUUAUUCAUAAUGUGAAGAAGAAAACCGAUGUUAAUUGGUUUUAUUAUGAUAAAGUUUUGGAACCAGUUAACGGCCUGGUUUGUUUUAUACACUGGCAAACAGCAGCUGUUAAGAUAUACAAUGUCAGUACAAGAGAAGUGACACCAUGGAUCAAAUCAACAUUAUUAACCGAAGAAAAAGAUAAAUUUGAGAGUAAAGACAACCCAUUAAAAAUAGAGAGUAAUUUCAAACAGAUAUAUCAAAUUGGGUUUGAUCCAGAGAAGAAUGAACAUAAGGUUUUCUGCUUCUGGAGACUAUCUGCUAUACCUGAGGAUUUUCCUUCGAUUUAUACUGACUCUUAUAGUAGCUAUGCAAGUUGGGAGGCAUUGACCCUGGGUCGUGACACUAAAUGGCGAAGGAUCAGUGUGGCUCCUGAUGAGAACAACUUAAUAAAACUUAACGAGGUGCUGCCUCCAUAUUGUCCGGGGUUGCAUGCAAAUGGUACCAUAUAUUGGAGAAACAAGCUGAUGAGCCGCGAGGAAGACCUUGAAGAUCCCGAGUAUGUACUUAGAGAUUAUGUUCCUACAGAUCCCGAUGUCAUAGUUGCAUUUGAUGUUGGAAGCGAGAAGUUCAGGGUGAUCCCGAUUCCUAGUUGUAUCCUUGAUCAGGAGCCUCGUGAAAAAAUGUUUAGUGGCCCUAUCGCUAUGCUAAUAUUGGGUGGACGCAUAACUCUAAUAUAUCAAAUGAGCAGUCUCAUUGUUAAGCUGUGGAUGUUAGAUGAUGAUGGAUUCGACAAAAAAUUGGAGAAUUGUCAAGGAAAAGGAAGUAGUAACUGGAGCGCAGAAACUAUUCAACUUCCUUUUUGUUACGACACCCGGUUUUGUAAUGUUCAUGGAGUUGCAACAAAUGCUGACAAGAUCCUAAUCUCUGAAUACGGAGAUAUUAAUGCUAUAGAAAAAAAGUUGGCCCGUUUGUAUUCUUAUGAUCGCAGAACAAAGACAUUGGAAAAGAUUGAGAUGGACGGAAUCCCCUCGAUUCCUGCCUUUCACUGUAAUAAGUCCCUGCUUACAACUUAUACUGAAAGUCUCAUUCCUGUGCAGCCUCCUCAACAAGACAAAAGUCGGCUCAGAACUAGUAGAUGCAGUCAUGCAGAUGAAAAGAUCAUCGAUAUGAAAAGAUAAAAAUUUCCGGUGUAAUUUUAUUCUUAAAAUUCAAACUUUGUUUCUAAUUUGUAGUCGGGGACAGGCUAAAGUAUCUUCUUCAAGUGCGCUAAAGCACAAUGACUUUUCCUCUCAGAUUUAAAUCUUUAAAGUUCGAAGUCACUGAAUGUAAAUUUCUCUUGAAGUCACACUAAUGAAGUUGGAAGUUUUUUCA